AUGAAGGCUACAAAGGGCCCAUCAUGUCCUUGUCCUCUUUGUACUUCCCCGACAAAUAUUAUUAUUAAGAAGAACACGAUGACAUGGAACACAGUCUGUCGAACUAUUCUCUUUUGUUUGAACAAUUCUAUAAAAGGAAUUAUUUUUGAUACUCCACCAACUCCAACUUCUUUAACUUACUAUUCUUUUAAUAAUCAUAUCGUUCCGUUCUUUCAAACACACAACACGUUCUUUUCUACUUUCCCUUGCGUGAAAAGAAACACCCCAGAAAAGUGCAAAAAGUCGCUACUCGACUCGUUGAGCCAUUCACAAGACUUUUUAUCAAGCAAAACUCAACACGGAAUCAUCGGGUACUGGCAUCUUAAAAAUGCAGAUAAAGCACCCUGGGAAAAGAGCCGCUUCGACGAAAUCGAUCCCAAGGAAUACUUCAAGUCGUGCAACACAAAGCUCGACGAAAUUACCAACAAUCUCGAAAGAUACAAAGACGUUGACUUGUCGACUUUCCCGGACCUUUCAGAGAUGUACCAAAGCUUAAUGGAGAAGAUCAAAAAAGCCAACGUUAUUAGGAAGAAGCUCGACGGCGUACUUGCACAGAAGUAG